UCGAACCUCUUCCUUUCUCUUUCUCUUGAGUUUUUCUUCUGCAACAGAAAUCAUCGAGCCAUAACUUUGAUCUGCUAUUCAAUCCCGCUACCAAAAAUAUGGUUCUUCUCUCAAUCAAUUGAGCCAUAUUCCGGUUUUCCAUUCGAUCAAUUUUGAGUAUAAUGGCUCGAAUUGAUUUGGUGUUAGGUUUGAUUUGGGGGUUUCUGAAUUGAAGUAUGAACUGAAAAGGAUUUAGGGUUUAUUCGACUGAGAAUACAAAAAGGAAAGAAGACUGUUGAUGGUGUUGUGGGUCUGUAAUUUAGGUUCAAUUUGAAGUUAUGUCUAAGAGGGAUUGAAACUGAGAUGCUGAAAACCUAAAACCACUUCCGCCGUCUCUUUUCUCCAUACCCUAAUUCCAUUAUCUUCUUAUCUCUAUUCUACAUAUGCAUUAGUAAUACUUGCUUUGAUUUUGACUUUCAGAAUUUGCUCAUUGGUAUUUUUUCCUUAGGUGUACCACUAAUUUUACACAGGUACUUGCACUGGAACAUAAAUAAUGGAGUAAAAUUUCUUAGUAUUAACUUUGAAGGAAGGCUCUUCACUUCUCCAGAUGUGGAGAAAUUGCACAAGAUUUUCUAGCUCUAUGCAUAGUCAAGACUUUAGAAACUUGCUCGCCGGCAUCGUUGCAAUUGAUGGAAACACUUCUUAUCAUUAGUUUACUGCAUGCUGGAACGGGUGAAGGGGCAUUGGUGGGGCUCCGCUAAUUGCUAGCAUUUUGAAGUCCUUGGAUGUACUUCCUUAUGGCGGGCGAGCGACUUGAUUGACCGUUCUGCCGAUGCGUUAAUUGUGAAAUGUAGUUUUUCUAGCCUCUCAAUGGAUUCAUGUGAGAAGUACCUCUGAAUGGUGUUGAGACGCAGAGGGAAUAAGGGCAUUUGGUGUUGUUGGUUUGGUGAUUGAAGUAGUAAGAAAAAGCUGGAAUUUUGUGAACUGCUACUGAGUUUAUGAUGAGUUGGUGGUGCUGAGUUGAAUUGCAGCAAGGAGGUGAUGGUUGUUUACAGUGAAGGUUGAAAUGAUUGCAGGUGGUUUGCGAUUACAACAAUGAUUGCAUGUGGUUUUUCAUUGAAAUGAUUGCAGGUGGUUUGUGAUGUAAAAGCUGGCUGCAGAUAGUUGAGUUGCAGUUGAUAGUGGUAUUGUGCUUAGAGCUGAAAUGCAGAGAAGGUUGGAUGUGUGUUGGCCUGUGUUUGAAUGGAGUUACAAGUAAAUGAGCACGGCGGGUGAUUGAAGCUGCAGUUUGUUGUAGUGGGUAUGUGGUGUUUGAGUCUGCAAUGGAAAGAAGAGAAUGAAUAUGUGCUUGAAAUGUGUUAUUGCGGAAGAUAUAACUGAUGUAUAAAGGAAAGAAGAGAAUGGAUGGAAUGGUGGAGCUAUUGUGUGCAGUUACCAUGGAACGGGGCGAGGCGAAGCCGAGCUACACCAAAUCAAGAAUCCUAAGCAUGCAUCAGGACAGAGCAAGGCAAAGCGGUUUGGGGGUCCGCCCGGUGCGUAGCACGGGCACAAAAUCUAGUAUGAUUGAAAAAUGGGAAGGUCCUUUAGCUAUCGCUUAACAAUUUUUUCUCUUUUUCUUGGAAAGAUGGAGGUUUUGGUCCCAUACUUUAUUUUUAUUAAAUUUUCUUUUCUCUGAGCAGUCUAUAAAAGGUGGCUUUUAUAUCUUGCAUAGUUUGAAGCCUAUCUUAUUGGGUCUUAUUUAUCUGGGCCGAUUAUAUAUUGUUUGCAUCCUAAAACUUGGAUAUGGCCGAUUAUAUAUUGUUAUCUCUCUUGCAGCCAUGCGCCGUGAUCUGAAGCCGAGGGUUUUCUGCAUUCCUCACUUUCUAUUGAUUAUGGAUCCUGGUAACAGUUCUAGUGCGGGUCCUUCUUCAGAUUCUCCUCCUAGUUAUCACGAGGAGAAAGAAAUUGUGUGGGAAACAAAGCAUGAUCUUUUUGGGAAGGAAGAUGAUUCUGAAGAUGAUAAGAAGAAAAGCACUAAAGAUGGUAAGAAGAAGAAGGCUGGUGACAGGGGUGUUCCUGAGGGUAUGGUUAUUUUCAAUGCUCAUAGGGUUCGCAAAAAUUUCCCUACUGACGCUAUGGGGAUCCCAGUGAUCAACCCAAAUAUUGUUUACUAUGUAAUGAUAGACGGCUAUUACAGAAAGGGCAGAGGAGGAGGUUUUGGGGCAGUUUUGCGGUGUGAAUCUGGUCUGCCCAUUGCUGCUCUAGCUGGGGUUUCUGAAACACCGGUUUCAGGACUCUAUCACGUCUUCCAGGGGAUGCUAGCUGGUUUUAAACUCGCCCACAAGAAAAAGGUUAGAUAUGUCAUCAUGUCUUGCAAUUUAGAUUGGGCUCAUUGGAUGAUGGAAAAUUGUUACAACUUUUACGGUCAAGAAAAAUAUCCUAGUCAUCCUGGAGGUGAAUUUGACACAUUUUGCAUUCCUUAUUUGAAGGACACUAUGGGGGUGCAUGGUGAUGAAUUUACUCUGAACCACAACAUCAUCAAAGAAAUUGUACUUUACAGACGCCGUAAUUUAAAAGGCUCUAUUGUAGUAUCUGGGAAAAGGUAUUUUAACCAAGGGGCAGAUUUCCUGGUAAAAUUUCUGAAGGGACCGGGGCGCAAGGCAAAAACAUUUGAACCCAAUGAAUUCCCGUCGGGAAAAUUAGGGGAAGACCAAAAAAAAAAAUAUUCUCAUUGUCAGGCCCACAAUUAAUUUUGGAUACCGAGACACCCAUAAAUAUUUCUGUGACACUCAUAAUUAUCCGAAAUUAUUAAAACCUGUCUGCAUGACGAUUUAU